AUGUUCGCCGCCUCGCUCCGUCGCGGCGCGCCGAUCGCGCGCGCGGGCGUCUCUUCGAGCGGCUCGGCGACGCCGCGCGUGACGCUCGCGACGACCGCGAUCGCGCGAUCGACGCACUGGAGAGGAAUUUCAACGUUGGAUCGGUACGAGCGAUACGAUCGUUCGCGAGAGAGCACGCCCGGGGCGUUCGCGCUCGGCGUCACGGCGCUCCUCGUCGGCGGCGUCGCCGCGUUCGACGCCGUGUUCGGACCGGCGACGCACGGGCGGGAAAGCUGGAAGGAGUGGAUGACGAUCAGACGGGCGCACUACGAACGCGAACUCGCUCGGUUGAACGUGUACGCGCGAGAAGGGUUCACGAAGGAGUACAAGCAGGACGUGUUCUUCGCGUACGAACGGCGGUUGAGGACGUUUGCGCCGCCGGAGAAGGUUUUCGAUUAUUUCGCGAGCGUGCGAAAGAACGGGAGCACGUACAUGACGUUGAGCGAUUUGGUGCGUUCGCUGCUGCCAUUGCACCCGGCGGUGGGGAGUCGAGACACGCGUGCGGGAAAAUUGCACGGAGAAACGGACGGGAUGGAGGAGCGUGGGAAGAAGGUGAGCCGAGAGGUCAUCACGAGCGAUUUGUUUCGAUUGUUUGAUACCGAUGGCAACGGGAUCUUUGACUUCGCAGAGUACUUGUUCUUCAACACGCUGCUCAACACGGACAGGCAAUCGUCGCUGUCCGUUUUUCAGAAAUACGAUGCGGACGGAAGCGGUGAGCUUGACGUGGACGAGUUCACGAUGAUGAUGAAAGAAAUGCGCACGCAGGUGAAGCACGCGACGGGUCUGCGCACGGGCUUGGACACCGGCAUGUCCAACGUAGACAAUAUCGCUGAUGGUUUGCUGGACUAUUUAUUCGGCCCGAAUAGAAACAAGAAGUUGACGUUGAAGCAGUUCCAGGCGUUCUUGCGUACGCUGCGAAAUGAGAUGGACGCGUUAGAGUUUGCUCACUACGACGUAAACAAGGACGGCCUCAUCACGAUGCGAGACUUUGGAUACAGCCUCGUCAGCGGGUGCAAGGUGGACCACCUGCAGCGCUUCAUGGACGAAGUCAAGCGACUUCCGGGUUACGAGUCUAAAGUUCGAAUCAAUCGCGCUGAAUUUUUAGCGUUCGCUCGCAUCUCGAAGCACGGCGAUGGCUCAUUCCAGCGCGAGAUCAAGAGCAUCUCUGACUCUGGUGAGGUGAUCACAAGGCAAAAGUUCAAAGACAUCGCCCGUCGUACCGCCGGCGUGAAGCUCAGCGACGAUAUCGUGCACGUCAUAUUCCACGUCUUCGACGUCGAUAACGACGACUCACUCUCGUACGAUGAGUUUUUCAACGCGAUCAAAAAGUGGACGUGA